AUGUCGAACCAACAAUACCCACAUCGUGAUGGCCUCGCAAGACGGCUGCUGUUCGCCUUUAUUGGCCAUCCAGACCCUGUUCUUCCCACUGCAGUUCAUGGUGCACCCCCAAUGAACAACCACAGCCAAACAAUGGAACUACCACCAGAAGUUCGCGCAAAGCGCCUCACGAUUGCGAGAACGGAAGCAAACGCGCUGAUCCCACCCAGCGACAAGCUUCUGGUCUUCCGUGCCCUCACAGGCAUCGAUAGCGUCCCGACAUUGAACACCCUCCACCACUACGACCGUACAGCCCCCAACGUCGGCAUCUACGCCCGAGUGGUCCAAGCAGAACGAUUCACCGCCAAGCGAUACCGCUUCUACAGUAUCCUCAUCAACACGUGUCUGGCGAUUCAGAUUGUUGUCGCUGCGUCGCUGACGGCCCUCGGCGCUGCUGCUGGCCCGCAUUCCGCCGUGACCGCGUUCGGCGCCAUCAACACCAUCAUGGCUGGAAUCCUAACCUAUCUGAAGGGAUCCGGUCUCCCAGAUCGACUGAAGCACUACCAGAACGAAUGGCGCAAUAUCCGGGAAUACAUCGAGCAGCGAGAACGUGAAUUCUGCCUGGACGGAUGCGAGCUUGACGUCCAGGAGGAGAUCCAGUAUAUCGAGCAUCUGUACGAAGGCGUGAAACGGGAGAUCGAGGCAAUGAAAGGCGGCGGCGAGAGCCGCGCAUCGAUGCAACAUGGACAGUACAAUCGAAGAUCCUUCUUGCCUUCGCAAUCGCGGAGUCAGGACGUUUCGAGCCCAAGCCCUGUGACGAUACCGGAACGGUCUUAUGAGAAAAAUUGA